UUGAACCAGCCGCGGAUUGUGAAAAUAUAGAUGGAAAAGUCAUGAUCCCUGAAAGAAAACCUUACCAGCUUACCAUGAGACUUCCCACGAAAGGCACAAGCAAAGAAUAUACAUUUAAAUCAAUGAAGCCCAAGUUAUCUCGGGUGGCCACGUUUGAUGACCUGCUGCGUAAUGCAAGGGUGCUCAGAGAUGGAUGUGAACAAGAGUUCCGGACAUUUGUUCGAAGUCAGGACGACUGUCGUAAAAAGUGGCAUGCAGCAGAGCAGAAGGUGGAGAGCAUGCAAGAGAAAGUUCAGGAGCUCCAAGCAGACCUGAACGCUCUCAAUACCAGACUCAAACAUGCCCUGAACACUAUAGACAAGGAGAUGUACAGGAGGAAGCAUGCCGAGCAGGACAGAGACUCUCUGGAGCAACAGCUGAACAAAGUGAGGGAGCUGCUGUUUGACAAGGAGAACAAGAGCAUCCGCAUGAACGACCACGACAGGGAGCGCCUCAGUGCCUUUGUCAACACCAGCAACCUCAGAUCACACUACAACACCCACAAUGACUACGAGUCUCCACAAAAACUUAACACAAUAAUGGAGUCGUCAUGUUCUAUGCUGGACGAUAUUGACUAUGACCAGAGCGAGGGGGACAUCGACAUGGCGUACCCAUCACGGCGCUACAAACGCCGCAGUCCCACUGCUCCUCCGAUGGAAGAGUUUGGGGGAGGAUCAUCACCAAAGAGACAUCGUACAGAUGACCCCAACAACUCCAUUGUUACAACCACCACCAUCACAGUGAACGGCAGUGGCAAGCCUGUGUCAGCAACUACAGAAGUGAAUGUUCCCAAACUAAACAAGAGCUUCAGUGAGCCAGCCCUAGACAAGCACCUGCAGACACCAGUCAAUGACAGAGAUGCUGACAGUGAACCCGAGUCUGAUGAUUCCUUCUUUGGCACCCCUAGAAACAGGAACUCCAACAGUCGUACCCGGAAAGGAAUCCUGAAGCGCACUCCGUCACAUCCAGAAAACAUAAGUGGCACAAAGCCGCCUACAGGCUCGAAGACUGGCAGUAAGUUGUUUAGCAGGACGCCAGUGCUUGGUCGCAGCUCCUCGGCUGGGAAGGGCCUCAACCGAGUCCAUGUGUUCAUCUCCAGGACGUUCAUCAAACCAGAAACCUGUGUGCCAUGUGGCAAGAGGAUCCGCUUUGGCAAGCUGGCAAUGAAGUGUAAAGACUGCAAGGCCACCUGUCACCCCGACUGCAAGGACCAGCUGCCCCUCCCCUGUAUGCCUAAUGCUCCCAGCACCCCAGGAGCACACCAGAAAGCAGGGGGCCUGAUUUCUGAUUUUACACCCAGUGAUUCCCCAAUGAUCCCAUCACUCGUGGUUCACUGUGUGAACGAGGUUGAGACACGGGGUCUGACAGAGGUGGGCAUCUACAGAGUACCAGGGUCAGACAGAGAGGUGAAGGACCUGAAGGAGAAGUUCUUCAAGGGGAAGGGUGUCCCCAGGCUGAACAACAUCCACGACAUCCACGUUGUGUGCGGAUGUCUGAAGGACUUCCUGCGAGGGCUGAAGGAACCCCUGGUCACAUACAAGUUGUGGCUAGAGUUUGCCCAGUCUGCAGAGAUUGCUGACAGAGAAACCUCCCAGAGACACUUGUACAGCCUGGUGGAGCACCUCCCACAGGCCAACAGAGACACCCUGGCCUUCCUAGCGCUGCAUCUCCAGAAGAUCGCGGAGUGCCCGGAGUGUAAGAUGCCCAUCAGCAACCUAGCCAAGGUGUUUGGUCCUACCCUGGUGGGGUACUCAACCCCAGAACCAGAACCCAUGCAGAUGAUCAAUGAGACACGCCGACAGAACAUGGUAAUGGAGAACCUGCUGGAACUGUCUGGUGAAUUCUGGGUGAGGUUCCUCAAUAUUGAGGACACCAGCUUAUAUCCCCUCGAUCCCAACACACCAAACACACCCGACUGCAGCCGAGCAGUUCCCUGAAGUCGACUGGGUCCAGUACUGACGCCUGGAUCUUACGAGGCCGAGACCCAGCGAACACAGACCUGGUCCAGAAACACAACACAGACUCCCAGGCUGAUGCCGCCAUUAAAGCGGUUGGCUCCGAUUGCAGUCAGUGAGAGUUCUCUCUGAUGGCCAGGUCUUAUUUUAACACCUUUGCUCAGGUUGCCAUCUCGACACAAUAACACAACGCAGAGGCCACGCCAGUUCUUCACAUCCCCGUUUGUGUCCAACUAAAAAGACCACUUGAGUCAUGAAGAGAGCUCUUGUGUCAUGUCUCCAGAGCUCUUGUGUCAUGUCUUCAGAGCUCUUCUGUACGGUCUGUACAGUGCUCUUGUGUCGUAUGUACGGAGGGCCUGUGUUGUGUGUACAGUGCUCUGGUGUCCUAUGUACAGAUCUCCUGUCUGUACAGUGGUCUGGUUGUCCUGUCUGUACAGUGUUCCGGUGUCCUCUGUGUACAGUGUCUUCAUAUCGCUGCCACCACACAACCAUCCCCCGUGGGCAUCCUUGUAUAUAGUGUCGCAGCCGAAGCCCGCGGGAGACUGCUGUGGACCAGUCCACCAUUAGUCGGUGGAUCUAUGAUGUAAAUACUGACUGUCUGUAUAGUAAUCAUGUUGCAAUAACAGGCAUGUUAUGCAGUAAUCACAUGUAUAAAGGAAUCGUGUAUCAAUAUUAGUGUAUCAUGUGGAAAUUGACAGUAUACCCUCUACCUUCCAUUGUUGUGGAGUUUCAUGUCUUGUUUUGGCCAGUCCCGAAGACUAUAAAAGCAGGGAUUUUUCUUGGGGAGUCUUGGGACGAUAUUUUUUCCAGGCAUAAAUGCAGGUAUUCUGAAAGACUGAUAUUUGACCCAUAACAAAAUAUAAACUGGUAUAAUUAUGAAUUUAGUGUGUACAACAUAUAGCUUACAUUUGGAAAUGUCUUCAGUGACAUUUCUUUGAAGUUGACAGAUGACUACGU